CACGUCGUCGGAUAUCGUGCCGUGCCUUCGCGCAAGCAUCUGUGUCACUCCAGCCGGUGUAUACAUCCUGUCAUUCGUGUUAUCAACCUGCGCCGUUGUUUGUCGGCGCUCGUUUACGCGAAGGGGGCCGAUCCGCACCGAUUCCUGCGCGUCUGGGCCAACGGUAGGUUUCGAUCGCCGCUGUCAACACCGCCAGUUUGCGUCGAAAUCCGGGCUUUGCGAGUAAUGGCUACGGGUCAGCGCCCAGCGCGCUACACUCUAAGUGGCUUUUCGCCCGAGUACGACUGGAGGCCAACCGAGUUUGAAGAUCCCGUCGACGUCGACAGGUACUGCGCGUUGUGUCUGGUGUUGCCGAGGGGAACGGCGCAGUUGGGUUGUUCUCACGUGCUUUGCGAGCCGUGCUACAUGGCGUCGCUCGAAAACGGCCAGCGCUGCCCGAUCGACGACGCAGCCUAUGCCGAAGGCGAGGUGAAGUGGCUCUCUACACGGCCGCAGGAACUGGAAAGCAUGCGGGUCAAGUGCUGGAACGCGAAGCACGGCUGUCCUUUCGUGGGGACACUGAGCGAUCUCCCGGCUCACUACUGCCAGAAGUGUCGAUUCCACACCAUCUCCUGCGAUCGCUGCCUCGCCGAAGUACCAAGGUCCAGCGCGCGCGAGCACCGAAACAUUUGCGCCAGCCACGACCACGGGCUGGAAUCUCAAGAAGGCGGCGGAGUGACGGCGUCCGACGUUGUGAAGCCGGCCGGCGACUCGGAAAAACUUCGCGGACUCUCUCUCACCGAGGUCGCCGACUUCCAGUAUAGCCUCGAGACCAAACUCAACUCGCUCGUCGAGCACAUCCAUGGCAGGGAAGCCACAGGCGUCUCCAACUCAGAAUUAGUCACCGCUGCAGUCAGUCUCCUGCGUUCCGUCGGUCUGCUAUCCCUCUCGGCAACGUGGCGACCGCAGGGACUAGCCGUGGUGGUCAGCAGGGUUCGCUACUUCACCAGACAGGUUCCGGAGUAUGCGGAGGAGGUUUACAGCGCGCCGUCGAACGUCUGUGGCUACUCCUUGAGGCUCGGGGUCCGCUGCGAGCGCAAGCUGGUGUCCCCGACAAAAUCCUCCAGUGACGAGGACAAUAAGGAGGACCUUGUCCUGAGGUUCAAGGUCCAGCUCUGCCCAGCUGCCAACAACUCGGCGUUGCAAUGGCCCUUUCGCAAGUCUCUGACGUUCUCGGUUAUUCAUCCGCAAGAUUCUACCAAGGAGGUCCGCUUCUUCCACAACACAUCCAUGAUGGCAAGCGAGCCUUCUUUCCAGAUGCCUCGUUGUGCGGAAAACCCUCCUUUCACUGUUGGUGGCCCACUUCAUGUUAGUGCGCUAGCUGGUUGCCAGUACUGGAGCUAUGGUACCCUGCAACUGAGGCUCAGUAUGUCUCUCUCAUCUGGUGGGCAACAUGAAGAAAGCAAUGACUGAGACAGGUUCCAGCAGCAAGAUGCUUGGUUGGCUAAGUAUGAGAGGCCUGCUCUUUCCUUUUUAUGUCACUUAGGCAGUGGACAUCACAUUUAUCCGUGUAAAGCAGAGCAAGUGAUGACAGUGAAAGAAAAGAUACUGGCAUGACUAGACAGAUGCUGGUCUUGCAAAGUGUGUUUAUUUCCUGUCAUUUCUUUUUUAUUUAUUUUCUUGCUGUGAUGAAUCAAUUCACUCUGGUACAAAUCUUGUUAGUCUGGAAUGUACCAACAUGGGUCAUCAUUACGAAUUUCUGUUCUUAUGAUAUCCAGAUGCAGGAACGUGAGUUCAGUUUGGAAGUUUCCUUGUUGUUACAAGUUGCUACAGUCAUUCUUUUACCCAAAGAAUCUCAGGGUGCCCCAAACAGCUUUUCUGCAGAACAAUUUGGUUAAAUUUAUCUUCUGUUAUGGCCACUGUCGCCACGAUGACUACUUACAAUUAACUACUACGAUGACUACUACGAUUAACUACUUAUAAGGCCACCAUUCAGUUCAUUGAACUGGGAUUUGCAUAAAAGUGAAGAUGCAGAGUUUAAUUGCUACCAAAGGAAAAACGUUCACUUAUUGUAGGUUGUGUGCACUCUCGUAGGUAAAUUGUUCAAAAAACUUUAUUUAAAUGAAAAAUAAAGAAGAUCCUGUCUUAGCACUUGCGUGUAUCGAACGCUCAACCAGCACAGCUAGCAGAGUUGACCUUUAAGCCAGCAUGUGGUGCUUGCACUAUAGCUUAAACCAUUAACAGACACUCCAUUGCACGGAGAAUGUUGUUUUGGACGCCAAGGCUAUGUAAUUUUAACUGAAUUUACACAACAGCUAGUACAUCCAAUCUAGUUUGCAACUUCACAAAGCAUCAAUAUAAACAAACAUUCAGUUGCGAGGAGGAACCAGUUUUAUAGAGUGAGGGUGUGUCACUUUAAAGCCCACAAAAGUUAUUCGGCUCCAGUGUGCACUCUUCAUGACUUGGGUCAUUCGUGAGCAAUUUGUUACAUGGAGGCAAUUUCUUACAGCAGUAUGAUGAAUGCAGAAUUAAAAUUAUGGAUUGAAGGCAAUAAGAGUGCUUUCAAACCAUGUAGGGACAUUCUAAUCAUACAUUUCAAAGACAUUUAAGCCUUGAGGAAGCUGAUUUUAUGUUCCCAUGACUGUUAAAGUAAUAUUACAAAAGCAAAGAGCUCAAAGGAGCAGGAAAGGUUUUAUUACUUGAAGCAUAAAGGAAUGCACUAUUGCUUCAAGGAUUCCUUUUUUUUUGUGCAGCGGAACCAUGUCACUGCUUUUCUUUCAGUCUUAGCUGCAACAUUUCCAUGACUUGGACCAUAAAUCUACAUUCCAUUGUAUGGAGAAUGACAUGUUGUGCAGCAACACUCUGAUAACCAAACUAAUGACUGAGUCGAUGCUAAAAGUUGUUUUAAGACCAGCCUAUGACAUUCCCUUUUUUCUGGAAUUGGAAUUCUUUUGAGAGUAGGAUGCCUUUUGCACCUGUGCAAUGACGGUUCAUACGAAACCACAAAAUCGCAGUGCUGGGCUUUUUCGGAUGAGCUUGCUACAUUUUCCUUGUCUUGGACCAAUAACACAUAUUUCAGCAUGCUGAAAUGCUGGGCAAAUUAGUAUUCAUUUAUAGUGGGAGGGCAAAAAGAAACACUGCCACAAAGAUGACAGAAACAUGUUGCCAUACAUACUGUGUUUCCUCCUGCAUUCUGACUAUAUGCAGAUAUCUUCUUGGACAAUAAUUUGGGAUCAGUAAGCUUAAGCACAAUGGCUUCAUAGGCUUAAGUUGCAGUAUUUCAUGUACAUGUUUAGUGUUAUAUUUGCUGAGACAUCAUUAAAUUUAUGCUGUUGUCUUAAUGUUUGUAUAGUAUGUUGGUUGCAAGAGUGACAGCUUCAGUCAUGACUUACUCAGCAUUAAGCAAUAUCCUAAUACUAAAUAAGUGUUAAUGGUUUCUCGGAUAAUGACUGUAUAGGUUGAUUUAAUGUAUGGUCUUGGUGUACCAAAUCAUAAAUUUAGCCAUGAUUGACAAAUUUGGUUGCGAACCCAUACAACUCUUUAAUGAGAACAGUAUGCAGCCUUUAUAUUAUUAGCACCCCAACUUUUCAGUGAUUAAGGCACAACCUCCAAUGAAAUGCCCCUGAAGAGUAUAACAGAAUGAGUGACUUAUGAAUUCCACUUAGGCACAGUAAUAACUGUGGAAUUAGACAUAGAAUUCACAAUCUAUAAAACGUGUAGCAUUUAUCAUAGCCUAAGAUGUAUGGAAUAAGUCUCAUAAUAGAAGAUGUCAACAAGAACUGUGUUAAAUGUAGUAGGUUUGGUCCUUAUUUAACCUUUUGUAAUAGGAUGGGCUCCCUUUCUGUGAUUUUAUAUGGCUGCAGGUAGGUUUUGUUCUGCACGAGCUAUAAGCACAUUUUGCUCAAUUUUUGUUUCUUUCUGACGUGUAGCGUUGCACCAUCACUGUCCUUUAAAAAGUUUGAUCUUAUUUGCUAUGACCAUGCUUUAACAUGCCUGUAUUAUGGGUUUUCUGUGAGCCGCUUUCAUACGAUAACCGAAGGGAUUAACAGUGCCUGAACAAGGAAGGUCUUGGUAUUGAGCCAACAUUUGAAGGAGAAGCCAUUUAUUUGUUGCUGCUUCCCUUAUUGAGCUACUUUAAUCGCUUCGCCAUUUUCCUGUGCCUCUGACUUUCACUACCAUGACCGAGGCAAUUACUGUUAUAUAAUUUCCUAGUGUCCUCGGACUUACCCAAGCAUGUCAUACAAAUUGUGGCUGUCUUGGCAACCACAAUGUAUAUGUGUAUAGCACUCUUUUUUCGUAGUAGGUUAGUAGACUUCUGCAUGCUUACAAUGUGCAUUUAGAUUGCUAAUGAGACAGUAUACUUCCAACUUUGCCUUUAUUGAAGAACCUCGUGAUAAUAGAUACUUAGUAAGUAUACCAUGUCAACAUGCCUGGCAUUUAUAUAGUUCCUAAUAUAGGCGUACACCCUGUAGCAAGCUAUCACACAUGCAUCUAGGAUUGCCUUAUUUAGUGCAUAAUAUAUGUGCUAGUCCCAUAUCUUGGUUUGUUGCAGGCUCCUCGUCAUUUCUGUUGAAGCGAAUAAACGCCUAUCAUUUCUUUAAAUUGUUUUUGUUAUUUCUUUGAUGUAUUAUUUCUAUAAAUGCCACUGAAUGAUGGAGAAGAUCAUGGUUGCGUAAUGUCAAAAUACAGCACACUAUAUGAGGAAAUAGCAUGGCUAGUUCCUCUUUGCACAUCUCGAGUGCAAACAUCUUGAAGGAAGUCGCUCGGAGUUGUGUCCUAAUGUUUCUUUUAUGCUUCUGAACACUGUCAAUGACGUUAUUUUUGUGCUUUUAAAUUUGUUUAUAACUUGCAAUCAUGGAGAAGUUUGCAAAAAGUGUUUUUAGUCCACAAGCUUCCUGUAAAGAAUGCAACAAAUAACAUGCAAUGUGCAGCUUGGAAUGUGUAAUGUAGAUGUCGUUCGAAUACCUUUAGUGUGCUUGUAAAUGUGAAGUGCUUGACCCUUAAGAAAGGACUUGUGAAAUAAAUUUUGUCCCAUA